GAAGCGCCGAGAGACACGACGGCUCUCCCCCGACUAAGCUUAUUGUUUGGAAAUCCAGGGGACUGUUAACCAAAGAGACUUAAACAUUUACAGAGAGUCAUUUACCCACCGGCGGAGACAAUAGCAGAGUCCAGCAUGUCGCUAUAACGGUAUAGCUGGUUGUAUAGACGUACGCUGCUACCCCACUGUUGGAAAUCAAAGGCUGUACAUGGCGGUGGAGAGCACAAUUUGGCUGUUCUGUCUUCUUUCGCUGUUUUGUGGUCCAUCCAAGCAAGAAAAGCCUGUUUCGGUGGAGCUGAGCUGCGGGGCUGGGCCCAGCCAUGUAGUGUUGGAGCCAGGUUUGCCCCUCUUGCUGGACUGCAACCUCGGGGCCAGCAAUACACCUUUCAAUGUCACCUGGCUUCAGGAUGGCCAGCCUCUGCCUCUGGAGGGGGGUGACUUCCUGCGGUAUUUGGCCAAUGGAUCCCUCCUCCUGCUGCCAACCUCUAUGGAUGGCCAGUCUCCUCAGGGAGUGGAGGGCGGCUACAGCUGUGUGAGUGCCAGUGCCCAUGGAGCGCUGACCAGCCGGACUGUAAAUGUUCUCCUAGCAAGUCUGUCUAACUUCCUACAGGAGCCAUCACCCCAAACGGUACCCGCUGGGGGAGCUGCUCGCUUCAAAUGCCAGAUUGAGGGAGUACCCACACCUGUUAUUACCUGGGAAAAGGACACAGUGGCUGUUCCUGCGGAAACAAGGUUCAUUUCCCUUCUUAAUGGGGUACUCCAGAUUCUGGAGGUGACCAAGGAGGAUGAGGGUGCCUACCGCUGUGUCGCGUCCAACUCUGCCAGGAAGGACAUCAGUCAUGAAGCCAGGCUCACUGUCACCACAGGCUCGACUGAAGCCCUGAACAGAGUUGCGAUUGUUGCACCACCUCAGAAGGCAGUAGUCGUGCUCGGCCGUCCAGCUGUGAUGGAGUGUAUGGCACAAGGCCAGCCGAAGCCACUGGUGUCCUGGAGCAGACAAGAUGGAAAGCCUAUUUCCACUGAUGUGGUCGUCCUUGCAACAAACCUGGUGAUUAGAGACACAAGGCGUCACCAUGCCGGCGUUUAUGUCUGCCGGGCCAACAAGCCCAUGACCAGAGAAUUUGUUGAUGCUGCUGCUGAGCUGCAUGUGCCUGCCCCUCCAGUGAUUCUCCAGCCCCCAGAGACAGCGUCCCUCUCCCGGGGAAACACAGCCAGGUUUGUGUGCAACAGCUCUGGGGAGCCUCCUCCAGUGUUGCACUGGCUAAAAGACGGUCAUCCCAUCAAGACAUUCAGACGGGUAAAGACCCAAAGCCCUGGAGUCCUGCUCAUCAACCAGUUGGCGUUGGAGGAUGCGGGCUACUACCAGUGCAUAGCAGACAACGGGCUAGGCACGGCAUGUGCCACUGCCAAGCUGACAGUCAUUGUGAGGGAAGGUCUGCCCAGCUCUCCUCGCCACCUGUCUGCCACGCCCUACUCCAGCACAUCUGCCCUGCUCAUCUGGGAGAAACCUGAAUAUAACUCGGACCAAAUCAUCGGCUACUCUGUGCAUUGCCAACGCGCCGCAGGUUCAGAUAAUGUGGAGUACCAGUUUGCAAUGAACAACGACACCACAGAGUAUCACGUCAAAGAGCUUCUCCCCCAUACUGCCUACACAUUCUUUGUGGUAGCUUACUCUCCCAUGGGUGCCAGUCCGCCAUCCCUGCCUGUUACGGUAGAAAUGCUGGAGGACGUGCCAAGUGCACCUCCUCAGCUGUCUAUAGCCAGCACCUCCCCCUCAGACAUCAGGCUGAUGUGGCAUCCAUUGUCCUCCCAGAACAGCCGAGGAGCUGUUACCCGCUAUCGCAUUGAGUACAGCACUCUGGAUCAGGUGGACAGUGUGUUCUCAGUGGAAGUUGGGGGUAAUGAGACUCAGUUCACACUAAGAGAGCUGCAACCCAACCAGGCCUACCGGCUGAGGAUAGCAGCUGGGACAGGCGUUGGCUUUGGGGUUCCCUCUGAGUGGGCUCAGCACCAAACAUUAGCCCACUACAACCACAGCGACCACAGCAUGGUGAUCUUUGCCCCCACUGAGCUGAAAGUCAGAGCCAGAGUGAAAUCACUCAAUGUGACAUGGCAUCCCUCGCCCAAUCACACACUGGUCUCUGGUUACAAGCUGUCCUGUCGAGAGGUGGAGGCUGAUGAAUCAGCCAAUGAAAGGACAAUACAGACCCACACCACUGGGCUUGGUAAGAGGGCCAGGUCGCAUCUCCUCACCAAGCUGGUCCCUGACCGGCAGUACGAGGUGAGAGUUUGGGGAUACAACAAGCAGAUAGAUGGAGCAGCUGCUGUGUGGAAGGGAAGGACAGACAAGGCCCAUGACAAAAUAUUGUUGCAGCUCCUUCCCCCUCCAUUGCCCCCAAGCAGCAUCCAAGCAAUGGCCAACAGCUCCACCUCCAUCUGGCUGCGCUGGGAGAAACCACGGUUUAGCCACGUACGCAUUAUCAACUACACAGUGCGCUGCAGCCCAGCGGGAACCACCAACGCCUCCCUGGUUUCUUAUUACACAAGCUCUGCUCAGGAGAUACUUCUCGGGGCCUUGAGGCCCUUCACCCGCUAUAAGCUGGCGGUGCAGUCUAAUGGAGUGGACGUGGUUGGACCCUUCAGCGGCACAGUGGAGGAGUCUACCCUGUCUGACCGGCCCUCAACACCUCCUGAGGAGCUGCGGCUGAGAGCUCUGGACUCCUCCUCUGUGCUGGUGAGCUGGCGCCCUCCGCUGGAGCCUAACGGCAUCAUCAUCAGCUACAGGAUCUUGUUCAGUGGCAACCUCAGCCAGCCUGAGCACUUGUGGGAAAACAUCUCUCAGGAUGGGAGCAUUACCAGUGUGGAGGUCCAGGGUUUGUCCAGUGACACCCAUUACUUUUUUAAGCUGGGAGCAUCUACUGAGGUGGGGCCAGGGCCUUAUUCACCUAUAAAGGAUGUUUACACCCCCCUUCAGAAAUAUGAGCUGGACAUCCACGCAGUGACAGGCAUCAUAGUCGGUGUGUGUCUGGGGCUGAUAUGCAUCCUCCUCUGCAUGUGUUUCAGCUUUCGUAAUGGCAAAUCUAGGGAGGUAUCUGGGGGCCUGGACUCCACAGCUGUGACCCCUCAGUACAGACGAGGAGGCUGCAACGUUCCCUCCAACGUGCCAGAGUGCAGCAAUAGCUACGAGCUGGAGACACUGAUGCCCCCAGGCAGCCAAGAGUCUGGUCAGCCGCUAGAAGAGGCCUCAGAGGAGCAGAGCCUGAUGGCAAGUGCUAAUCCAGGGGAAGGGGAGGAUGCUCCUGCACCUGAACCCAAGGCUGCUUGGAAUGGCUCUGUGAGUCAUAACUGGGCCAACAGAAUCACUAGAUACAGAGACACCAUAACAGAAGACUCUCCAACACUCAUUAAUGGAGCUCUCAACAGGCUAAUUACUGAUAACAGCACGGACUUAGAAGAUUGUCUGUGUACAUCUGUGUGCAGUAACCAGGUGGAGGCGGAAGUCAUUGUUCACUCAGAGCUGUCAGUCCCAGGGAGGGAGAAAGAGGAGGAGGGCACCACCAGGGGACCCUCAUUAUCAGAGGACAGAUAUUCCCUUUUGAGUCAGCCAAGCCCACCAGGAGAGGGGGACACUCUCAAAAAACUAUCACUGGCCCAAAGCCCCUCGAGUCUUCCCUUGAUAAAGUUGGUGGCUACUCACAACGGGGAGCUACAAGGCACGGCAGACAUAGAGCCACAGCCGGACAUGGGGCUAACCAAUGGCUUCCACUCCCCAAAGACUGUGCGUUCUGUGCUGAGGCCAGAGCAUCUGGAGAAUGGGGACUCCAGACACUGCCUUUUGGCACCUGGGAAGGCCAUCUCUGCAGGGCUGUCUCCUGCCCCCUUUGUCAGCUCUGGCUUUGUCCACUCUACCUCAGCAGCACACGGUUAUCUGUGCCCAUAGCCCCUGCAUGGAGGGCAUCGAACCUUACACACACAUGCAGACAUCAGACUGAUUUUCUUUUCGGAUUUCUUUCUUUCUUUACAUACCCAGGAACAAUCCAUAGGGAUUACUUUUAUGCACCUCAUUAUUGGAUUCUUUUCUCUUCCUUGCAAAGUUUUUGUAGGUACUUUGAAUCCAUUGUUUCAUACGUGCAUGUAUAAACAGUACACAUAUACAGUAUAUUUUUAAUGGUAGAGUACUGUAUAUAUGUAUGCAUUCACUAGCAUUGCAACCAUAUUUUCCUCUGGGUUUUUUCCUGUCUGUAGGAAAGAAAAGAAAGAUUUAACUUAACCAAGCAGAUGGAACUGGAUUGAAGGAGGCUAUUCCCACAUGCUUAUGGCUUUGUUCCACUCAGGAAUGAGAAAGCUAGUACAUAUGUUCUGUGAGUGAGACAGGCUAUGUAUCAUCAUGGAUGGAAGGAUUGGAAAUGCAAGCUUGAUGGGUCUCCCUGGGCUUUUUCAUGUGGAUGCUACUUUACCGUAGCACUGAGGAAUAAGCCUUAAAGGAUAUCUGCACCUCUGAGAGUGCAGAACACCUGUGUAUCUCUCCAGCCUCCUGCUGUCUCAGGGUCCAUGGUAUCUCACACAAACUCAAACGGUCACCCAUAAACACACAUUUACACACAAAUUUUUUCUGACUGGAGUGUGGGGGUCUCAGGUGCCUAAUUAUUGUAGGUGCGUUUAUAACCUCUGUAUAUUUCUAUAGAUGAUUCUAUUGAAUACAAGUACAACCACAUGUCAAAAUGAAAAAGAAAAAAACACUCAAAUUGUAAAAAGAUAUGGAGUAUACAGAUUUGGUACUAGGCACGGGCCGGUUACCGAUUUCAAGGUAUACCGCGGUUUGAAAAAGUCCCGGUUUUAAAACCACUAACAUUUUCUGUCAUAUGUCUAAGGUAUGAGCUGUUUUUAAUGAGUCUUCAAGGACAGAAAGUGCACUUU